AUGCCUUCUAAGAAAGUUCUCAUUGUCCUCAGUGACGCGCACUCUUUCCCUCUGAAAAAGACCCGCGGACACGAUGCUGGCAAGGUUGUCGAGCAGCCUUCGGGCUUUUUCCUCCAAGAGCUCACAAAGCCGUUACACAAAAUACUCGACGCAGGCCAUGAGGUGACAUUCGCUUCACCGAAAGGUCAUGAACCCGCCCCAGACCCAAACAGCGAAACGCUCAUUGCAAAUGCCGGCAACUUCUAUGAACGUCAACGCGCAAACGAUCUUCUUGAACGCAUGAAACGCGAGAAUGGGUUCAGUAGGCCGCGACCAUUCAGUACUAUCAGUAACAGUGAGUUGGCCACCUUCGCGGCUGUCUUCAUCCCAGGCGGACACGCACCGCUUGAAGAUCUGGGAGAGGAUGCAGAACUGGGACGAAUUCUGCGUUAUUUCCAUCAGGAGAACAAGCCAACGGCUGUGAUUUGUCAUGGGCCUUACGCCUUGUUGAGUACGAAGAAGGCGGGAGAUGGGUCAUUUGUUUAUGAUGGGUACAAAAUUACGUCGUGGAGCGAUGUGGAAGAGAAUAUUAUGGAGACAUUAUGGGGUGGGGAGGUCGAGAAGGUUGAAUCGGCAUUGAGGAAUGAAGGUGCAGUCAUGGUGGAGGGUGUACAUGAAAUAACCGGCGGUACCACGUUGGAUCGAGAGCUGGUGUCUGCAGGUAAUCCUUUGGCGGCCAAUGCCCUUGGUGAUCGGUUUGUGCGAAUGAUCAGUGUAUAA